AUGUCUUUCGGCAGCGGAUUUGGCUCCAGUGCCUUCGGGCAAAACAAUAAUCAGCAAAGUUCAGGCUUUGGUAGCUCUGGGUUUGGAGGAACCGGUACUACUGGAGGCUUCGGAAGCAACACAACCCCCUUCGGUUCUAACAAUACCGCUACUGGGGGAAGUGUUUUCGGGAACACAUCGGGAGGCUUCGGCUCCGGCGGAGGUUUCGGAAGUACAAACACUCAGUCAAACUCACUAUUUGGUGGGAACAAACCUAGCGGCUUUGGCACAACGGCGACUACUGGAGGAGGACUGUUUGGCAACAAUACAGCCACCUCAAGCGGCUUUGGAGGCGGCUUUGGCUCUACAGGCACGGCCGCAAACACGGGUACAACUAGUGCUUUUGGAAGCAACACCGGUAAUAGCCUCUUCGGUGGAAACAAACCAUCUACCUUUGGCUCUACUGCGAACACCACUGGUACAGGAGGUGCUUUCGGUACAGGAGGUGGCUUUGGUACGACGGGCAAUGCCUUUGGAAGUGGAACUGGCACUGCCUUCGCUGGCCAAGUGCCUCCGUCUGAUGGAACAGCUGGCACUCCUUUCAACCCAGUGACUGAAAAGGAUCCAAACUCUACUACGAACAACGUUUACCAAAGCAUAUCGUACAUGGGACCUUACCAGCGCUAUUCCUUUGAAGAACUUCGAUUAGCAGACUACCAAGCUGGCCGUCGCUAUGCAAAUGCAAGUGGACAAGCAGGCGCAUUUGGUGCACCGGCCUUUGGUUCGGGAUUCAACCAAUCAACUACUGGCUUUGGAGGUACCGGUGGCGGAUUUGGUGCUGCUACUAGUGCUCCUGGUUUUGGCGCCCAAACUCAGACUGCAGGAGGCUUCGGUGCCAAUACUGCGACUGGAAAUUCUUUAUUUGGUGGUGCUAAGCCAGCGACGACUUCUCUCUUUGGAAGCACCCCAAGUACUGCCACAUCACAGCCAAGUCUCUUUGGGAGCAACACAGCAACCUCAGGUGGCUUUGGGAAUACUGCCACGACCGGAGGCGGAUUUGGUACCGGAGGAAGUUUGUUUGGAAACAACCAGCAACAACAGAAACCCGGGGGUCUGUUCGGUAGCAAUACAACUACUACAACUGGCACAGGUUUUGGUGGCACAGGUGGAGGUUUCGGACAAACUACUAAUACCUCUACUGCUAGUAACCCCUUCGGCAGUACUACAGCCACAACAGGUUUUGGGACUCAGCCGCAGACUGGGACAACUACCUCAGCGUUCGGAGGGUUUGGCCAGAAUCAAAAUCAGAACCAGGCUAAGCCAGGGCUCUUCGGUAGCGGUGGGCUCAAUACCGGGACUCAGCAGCAACAAAGUGGAACAGGAUUGUUUGGUGGCGGAUCAAACACGGGAACAUCUCUAUUCGGCGGCAAUACUCAACAACAGGGUACUACGUCUCUUUUCGGAAAUCAAAAUCAACAAACUGGCACUGGACUAUUCGGAGGCGCUCAACAACAGGAGCAAAAACCAGGAGGCUUAUUCGGGAAUGCAGCUGCGACCACGUCAAACACUGGUGGCUCUGCCUUUGGUGGGUUUGGUGGUAACCAACCCGCCCAGACUGGAGGAACAACAGGCCUUUUUGGCACCAAUCCAGCGCAACAGCAGCAACAGCAGAAGCCCGGUAGUUUAUUUGGAAACACAGGAGGAACUUCAUUGUUUGGAGGAGGUGCGGCGGGCCAAAAUACUGGAUCAUUAUUUGGAUCCCAGCCACAGCAACAGCCAACAACCUCUUUUGGCACUGGAAGUCUGUUUUCUUCAUCUCAACAGAACCAGCAACAGCAGCCGGCGGCUCAACUGCAACCACAACAGCCAGCCCCCGGAAGUUUCCAGGCUUCGCUCCUUGACGGGAACCCGUACGGCAACCAGUCCAUUUUCUCAGGACUGCCUACUCCCAAUGCGCCCAGCCCAGGUCCUCUUGCCACCCCUCUGUCAGCUAGUAUAAAGCAGAAGCAGCGUACUCCUCUUCCAAUCUAUAAAAUUACUCCAAAUGCUGCCAACCGUCUCAUUACUCCGCCUCGACGCCAAGGAUACGGUUUCUCUUACUCUACGUAUGGAAGCCCAGCAAGCGCCUCGAGCGUCUCCAGUCUUAGCGGAAGUUUGCUUGGUACCGGCAGCAAUCUUCGUGGUGGUAACGUGACUGGAAGCUUUGGACGUAGUUUCAGUAAGAGCUUUUCUACCAGCAACUUGCGCAAGUCUUUCGACCCAGAGACCGAUAGUGUCUUGGCUCCAGGUGCCCUCACAGGAUCCACUUCUCGCUACUCCAGUGGAAGUCUCAAGCGUCUGACUAUUGAUCGAAGCUUGAGAAACGAUCUCUUUCAGCGCCCGUCUGUUUCUCCUGCUGCAAUAACCAAUGGCGAGGACGCUGCACAGUCUACCGAUAAGCUCAAGAAACGUGUCAGUUUCGAGGCUCCUGCUAAUGGGACCCUCGUCCGUGCUGAGCCAGAAAGCGCAGAGCCAACCGCCGAGGAACUGGGAUUUUUGCGCUCCAUUCGCAAAGGUGACUCAAUUAAUGGAGUUAAUGGAUCUGCUUCUUUGAAAGCUGGUAAAAAACCGGAUAUGGAACAAGUUCGUGGACGGGAGCUUGCUGUCGUUCCAGAAAACACAGAUCUUACAACGGACACCACCUCCCUUCAACCCGUCCCUACAACAGACCCUCAGCCUGGCGAAUAUUGGAUGAAACCAUCGCGUGCCGAGCUAAGCAAAAUGAGCCGGGAACAGCUAAAACAGGUUGAAGGCUUCACUGUUGGGCGACAGAAAUGUGGACACGUCACAUUUGAUCGCCCAGUCGAUCUUAACACUGUCGAUCUUGAUAACGUCCUAGGAGGAAUUGUACAGAUCACGGUGCGAUCUAUUACGGUCUAUCCAGAUGAAGCCACAAAACCCCCGCGUGGCAAAGGGUUGAAUGUUCCAUCAACUUUAUCAAUUGAAAACUCUUGGCCACGUGGAAGAGACAGGAAGUCCUCAGCAUCUAUCAAAAGUGGGCCACUCUACGACAGACAUGUAGACCGGCUCAUCAAGGUCACUAACACCGAAUUUGUUACUUAUGAGAAAGAGACCGGUGUCUGGGUCUUCCGUGUUGCUCAUUUUACCACAUAUGGUCUUGACUAUGAGGACGACGACGAAGGUGAGAGCUUCAACCAAAGCACAUUAAGUGCCGGUCCUGACACUCCAACUCCGAAGGUCCGGUCCCCCGUGUCUCGUCGAACUCCGGAAAACACUGUUAAUUCAGAAUUCGAUUCGACGAUCUCUUUUGAUGACUCUGUAGCCGACUCUGCGGCUGGGGUUGACGACACUUUCGAUUUCAAAAAACGCAAAUUGGUUCCUGGAGCAUUUGGCGAUCAGACUGUUGAGAAUGAGGAUGAUGAGAUGAGCCUAGGAGAUGAAGAUGGCGAAGUAUCUACGGUAGAAAACGACUUUACAGGCUCGGACACUGGACGAGACAUUGACGAAACUGUUACGGAAAGCAUUAAUUCCGAUGCAUCCAUUGAUGAUGGAGAUAUGGAGAUGGCGGGCUCCUUUCCCAUACCUCGUGAAAAUGAACAUGCAGAGUCUGGCGAUCUCAUUGAUAUUACGCAUCGCACUUCACAGUGGCGAACCCCAUCGAAGUUAAACCUUGACCUUAGCGGUGGUUGGGCCGACCAGCUACAACGAACAAUCAGUCCCCGAAAACAAAACCGUGAUUUGUUGCGGGAGAAGCAGGCGGAUGCAUUUGUUGACAGAAACCACCAAGACGAAGAUAAACGAAAAGCACCCCAAGCUGCUUCUACCGAUAAGUCGAAACCUUUCUUGUCAAGUCUUGAUAUGAUGAACUCUCUCUUUGCGCCAAAGAGUGACAAAGCUGGAUCAUUGGGAAGAAAACAGAAAGGUCAAUUGAAGGCUUUUGAGUUGUCACACUCGAAAACGCCGAAAACUUUCGCAAGCAGCUCUUAUGGGUUGUCUCCUGGCGAUCUCGCUUUCCAUCGUACUCUCAAACCUCGCUGGGGUACCAAGGAUACCUUACUGAGGAUAAAUGAUUUUUCCAGUAGCGCUCAAAAACUUUCAGAUCAACCAUGGUCAACCGGUGUUUCCUUGGGUGAGGUUGACGUACUGACUUUUAAAGAUGCUCCCGAGUCAAUCGAUGUGCUAGAAGCUCAGCGGCGUCAGUCUUCCAUCCGUCUAAUUGAUGGUGCCCCAUUUGCUCGCGUUGAAAAAUUCGACUUUCGGUCAUUUGUUCAGUCCUCGGCAUCAUCCGAGUCUGUUUCUACCGGGUAUGAUGAGCGUUAUAUAUGGCAACUCAUCAACAUUCUAUUCAACGAUGAGAUUGAAGAUGACAUUUCCGCGGGUGUUCCUCCACAGCUCCGUAAAAACUUCAUGCAUCGCAUCAAGAAGGACCGUCUCAGCCGCUUGUGGGAAAACGUGGUUCGAGAAAAACAUGGCCAAGACAUAGGGGAACUCGUUCAUGCUGAGGAGCGCGCUAUGGCUUACCUCACGUUUCAUCGCAUCGACGAUGCGUGCAAGACUCUUGUUGAGAGCGGAAAUUUGCAUCUGGCGACAAUGCUUGCCCAGAUUGGCAGAGACAAUGUUACCCGCGCCAACAUGCAGAAGCAGGUCGAAUCUUGGCGUCAGCAUAACCUCUAUUCCGAAUUCAACGAGCCUAUCCGUGCCUUAUAUGAACUUCUUGCAGGUAAUGCUCUUCGGUCUCUUGGUCGUUCGUCGUGUGCGCCGGAAGAUCGUGCUUCUACAUUCAGUAUUUCGGAAAGGUUUGAACUCGAUUGGCUUCAGGCAUUUGGUCUUCGAUUGUGGUACAGCAUUACAGAGGAUGAGCCCCUCGAAGCCGCUGUUUCACGCUUUUUGGAAGAUCUUGCUGCGGGUGAUGAACCGGCGCGUCCGUACGCUCCACACAUUGGAGGUGCUUCGGACUGGGAGUCACCUCUCUGGGUUGUUUUGAAAACCUACGCUGCAACGGCAUCCAAGCAUAUAGCUCCCGACCUCAAAGUUAGCUUACCUGCUGCGAUCUCGCCGGAAGCGGUGUCUGACAGUCACUUGUCGAGUCGUUUGUCAUUCCAGUUGCACCAAGUUCUUACUACAAUUGUUGGACAAAAUGAGAGGAUCAUCCUUGACAAGGCUCGAUCCGAUCAACUGACCUGGAGCUACGCAUCGGAGUUGACUGCUUCUAAUGCAAUGGAACCAGCUCUGUUUGUUUUGCUCCACUUAACGCGAGCAAGUGAUAGAGAACACGCCAUCAAAGAGACGUUAGGUCAAUUUGCUGCUACUUUGCCGACACCCAUAACACCUGAUGGCAAGUCGGAUGCCGGUUGGAACUACCUUGUUCAUGGGUUGCGAUUACCAGAGUCGUGGAUAUGGGUUGCCAAGGGACUCUUCGCUAGAUAUAGCGGCAACUUCGCUAACGAGGUGGUAUACCUUAUUCAGGCUAAGAAUUGGAACGAGGCGCAUACGACGUUCUGUCGUGCCGUGGCACCGCAAACCAUCAUCGAACGCGAUUGGAGCACCCUUCAUCAGCUGCUCAAUGGCUUUGGCGAUUCUCCAGACCGAAAGGUUCGUGGAUGGACUGGUGGCGGCGCGGUCUAUGAGGACUACUUGCGGGUAGUCACUGCGCAAGGCCCCCGGGAUGCAGGUAUUUUGAAACGCCUUAUUGGAUCGUUGGUAAUAAUGGGCGAAAAAAUAAAACAGACUUCUGGGUUGGAAGGAUUGGAAGAGCGGGUUGCUUUUAGGGAGAUGAGUCGAGUUGUGGCGAGCUGGAGUGCUCGGGAAGAAGACGGUGUGGAGCUGUCGGCGAUUCUCAAACUGCCCCUGACUGGGGAUGCGAGGGUCACGCAUACUGCUGAAAUCGGCCGUCGGUACUACAAUAUGGUCAUGGCUACUGCCCACUGA